GGACGCCGAGAGGUUUUUAUUCUCUCCUCCGCCCCCUCAAACCCUGUGCAGCCCGCUGGUCUUGGAGGGUCGCUGUUCUGGGCGCUGGGAGCAGGCAUCCACUCUGCCAGCCAUUUACCCGCCCCUCUUGGCCUUGGGGCUUGGGACCCUGACAGGCCGAGAUUCCGGCCCGAGAGCCCUAGACGGGAAGGGAGGAGGCCGCAUAGCGGCGGCGCGUUCGUAUUCGCAGCCGAUCAGUCUGAAGGAAUGGAUUUUACAGAGGCUUACUCAGAUACAUGUUCUGCUGUAGGCCUUGCUGCCAGGGAAGGAAAUGUAAAAACCCUAAGGAAACUGCUCAAGAAAGGAUGUAGUGUUGACGUUGCUGACAACAGAGGAUGGAUGCCAAUUCAUGAAGCAGCUUAUCACAAUUCUGUAGAAUGUUUACGGCUGUUAAUUCGUUCAGAUCCAUCUGAAAGAUAUAUUAAAAUGAAGACUUUUGAGGGUUCUUGUGCAUUACAUCUUUCAGCAAGUAGAGGAUUCUUGAUGAUAACAAAAAUCCUUUUAGAAGCUGGGGCAGAUGCUAACGAAACUACUUUAGAAGAAACUACUCCACUAUUUUUGGGCAGAGUGAAGAACUCCUCUGCAAGCCUAUAUUUAAGGAAGAUGCCCAGGCCAGGCAUCUCUUCAUUUCUCACCCAGCUGCAUUACUUUGGACCUCUCAAUUAUACCACUGUGCCAGCUGUUGAAAAUGGACAUGUAGAUGUGGUAAAGCUAUUGCUUCGGCAUGGAGCAGAUGUUAAUGGAUCCCAUUCUAUGUGUGGGUGGAAUGCCCUGCACCAGGCAGCUUUUCAGGAAUACACUGAGUUAAUAAAAUUGCUUCUUAAAAAAGGAGCGAACAAGGAAUGCCAGGAUGACUUUGGGAUCACACCUUUAUUUGUUGCAGCCCAAUAUGGAAAGCUGGAAAGUUUGAAUGUACUUAUUUCAUCUGGUGCUGAUGUCAAUUGUCAAGCUAUGGACAAAGCUACUCCUUUAUUCAUUGCUGCACAAGAGGGCCAUAUAAACUGUGUGGAGCUUUUACUUUCUAAAGGGGCAGAUCCCAAUCUUUAUUGUAAUGAGGACAAAUGGCAGUUACCUAUCCAUGCAGCUGCACAAAUGGGUCAUAUAAGAAUCUUGGACUUGCUAAUACCAAUUACUGAUAGAAUUUGUGACACUGGUCUGGACAAAGUGAGUCCUGUAUACUCAGCAGUGUUUGAAGGUCAUGAAGACUGCCUAGAAAUGUUACUUAAAAAUGGCUACAGUCCAGAUGCCCAACCAGGUCUAGUCUUUGGAUGCAGUUCUCCCAUGUGCAUGGUCUUCCAAAGGGAUUCUAGGUACUUUGGAAUGGUGGAUAUUUUUCUGAAAUAUGGAGUCCAACUAAAUGAAAUGCAUUUGGCAUACUGUCUGAAGUAUGAGAGGUUUUCAAUAUUUCGGUACUUCUUGAAGAAAGGCUGCCCAUUGGAAACAUGGAACCAUUUGUCUGAGUUUAUAAAGCAUGCAGUUAAAGCACAAGCAAAGUACAAAGAAUGGCUGCCAUCUCUCCUAUUAGCAGGAUUUGACCCCGUUAAUCUACUCUGCAGUUAUUGGAUUCAUUCAGUUGAUGAUGAUAUCCUCAACUUUAGCCUGGAGUUCACUAAUUGGAAGCGGCUUCCCCUUGCUGUUGAAAAGAUCCUCUCUGCUCAUGCAGAAAGCUCUUCCUGGGUCCCACUAAGUCAUUUUGUCUCUGUUCCUUCUCUGACUCACCUCUGCCGCUUGGAAAUUCGGUCCAUUCUAAAACCGGAACGCCUGCGAUCUGAUAAUUUUAUCCGUCAAUUACCUCUUCCCACUAGCCUACAUCAUUAUCUGCUCUAUGCAGAAGUCUUGAGAAUGAAUGAAAUUCCUGAACUGAUACUUACUCAGAAUGGAGAGACCAUUGAAACCAGUUAAUGGCUCAUUUAUUACUUUGAAAAUGAAGAGGAGAGUUGUGAAGUUGCUUCCUAUGAUUGGACAUUAAAACCAGGGGACUUUAGCUCAUGCCUGGGGCUUUUCCUUAUGAAACCAUCUAUUGUGAAGUGCUGUUAUUGCUGCAUUGCUGGUUUAUGCUAUAAACCUUAGUCAUGUUAUUUGCUGUGGUAUUUGUUUUGUUGAACCAUUUCCUCCCUUUUCAUUGAAAUUUUCAACUUGUUCAUCCUUUUAUGAAUUUUGGAUCUGGGCUGUGCUGCUGCUUCUUAACACUAGUGAUUUAGAAAGGAUGUUUUCAUCAGCUGUUCUGUAUUUACCUGGAUUGGAAACAUUUAGUGGAAUGUACGUAACCUCAGUGGAGCUAUUCACAGUGGAUGUUGAGCAUUUUGUAUAGAUUGGCUAUAUUGUUGAUAAAGAAACUAGUUCCUCAUUCCUGCUGUAUCCUUUUCUCAUUUCUUAAACUAUACUGACUUUUAUGAACAAUUGAUUUUUCAUAUGUAACCUCAGGGAAGAAUUCUUUUGAAAAUUAUGGAAAUUUGUUCUUUCUCCCAGUUUCUUUCUUCCUUUUAUCCUCUCUUUAUCAAAAGAUUCAAUUUUUUAAGUUUACAAGAGCAGGGACAGAUCUGGAUGCAAGCACAUACUCAGUUGAAAAGAUAAUCAGGUCUGUAUUGACACAACCCUUUAAUUCGAUUCUAAACACUAUGAAGGAGUCAUUUUCUACCAUCUUUAAAGAAAUAGUGUCUCUCCUGGGGUUCCUCAUUUCAAUAUUCAGGUUAGACUUUAUGACCUUUAAAGUCCCUUCUUAUUCUGACAUUCUAUGAUUUAUGAUUUAGAAUUCAAGCUUAAUUCUGGCCUUGUAUUAAAGGUGUCAGUUUUGAACCUUUGUAACUGAGUGAUAAUUCCUUUAACAUUUAGUUACAUAAAUAAGAUUAUCACUUGACUAAAAAUGAACACACACACACAUACACCUGUGUGUGCGCACAUACCCACAUAUAUAUAAUGCAUAUAAAAAUCAUUCUAAGUUAGUGAGUUGCAGAAAAAUUUGUUUUCUGGAUGCAUUGAGUAAGAAGUUGAUCAGUAGUCAGUGGUCACUAGAUAGUGAUUCUGAGUGACUGGGGGACCUGUGGUCAGUCAGUAUAGAAUCUCUGUACUUUGACAGAUGUGCUUUGACUCCAGACUUGAUAGCAAAGAAGUCGUGAAUGUUCUUUGGUGAAUUCUGUCCUCAUCUACCAGGAAUAAGCCAAGUUCUUUGUCAUUGUGCUGAGAUGAAAUGGCUUAGAACAUAGCAUAUGGGCAUAAGUCAACAGUGUCCGUCUUUGCUGGGGCUUGACUUUUGUUCAGUUGAGGUAGUGUGGAGGCUAGAGCAAACAGUGGUGGUUUUUUUUUAUGGCCCAAAGAAAUAGCCAAAACCUCGUACUUAAAAGAAUUGUUGCCGCAGUUGCCAGUAUUUUGCUUCCCACCUUUGCCGUUGCCGUUGCUGAGGAGAGAAGUUGGAGCUACUAGAGAUGCUUGAUCAUUUGGGUUCAUUUGUGGAUAUGUGACGAAAUCUGAUUUGUGGUGAAGAAAGUGAAAAUUGUGGCAAAGAACUGAAUUUUUAAAAAUGAUUCCUAAAUCUGGGCCAGAGCAAGUCAUUAUUGUGUCAUAGUAAUAUUCAUUUUUCACAUUUUCUUUGUAUAUUCUUGAGUAAUAUUUCUAUUUUUAUUAAAUGAUCAUGAUGAAGAAAAAUAUAGGUAGAUUUUUUGCUGUGGCUAAAUGUGUCUUUGUUUGGUUCAUGUUAUUUAGAUGCACAAUAAACAAAUCAAUGGCUAACCAUUCAA